GCCACGGCGCGCGUCACUCGCAUCGCGCUCCGUUAAACACCGCUUGCGUCGACCGUCCGACAUCCGAAGUCGAAUUUGCUCCCGCCCGCCCAGAGCGCGCCCAUAUCAAUUUUAAAAAGAUACUGCAAUAAUAUUCACAAUUAUUGUUUUAAUUUGCGCCAAGUUAAACAAUUGUGUUUAACAACAUACCAACAAGUUAAUCAAAAGUGAUUAUAAACUUUUAAAUAAUUUCUUCAGUGUUUUGACAAGGAUGUUAAUGUUGUAAGGAGACUAUUUGGAUUUCAAGACGGCUGUGGAGAAUUUACUUCGCACUGAAAUAGAAAAAGUGGUGGCCCGGAGUACCGAUGGGUCGGGCCUCGAUGGAGGCUGCGAAGACGACGUCUCGCGGCUGACUCCAGGCCUGCAUCCAGAAACCACCUUCGACAUGAACGAUCUUCCGUCAAACACACACUACACGUUGGAUACUCGCAGAAUGCAAUUAUAUUCGCAACCACACGUACAUCCCACGGAGCUGUCAAUACACGCUGUAUCAACACAUGAGCUACUGAAGCCCAAAGAUGAACCCUCCUAUUCACUGGCUCCUUCAUCAAACAUUUGCUCGAUCAGCUUACAUCACACAGGUGCGUCUCCGUACGACAAUAGAAUAUGUCUUCAAGAAAACAACACUGAUGCAGCAAGUUCUCAAAGCGCCAAGGGAGAAGAAGAGCUAUCGCGAGUAUACCAAACGCUGUCCUUACCAACUUUACCGAGAGAGGAUAAUAAUUCUAAUAAUAGCACGACUGAAACAAAGAGUAAAUCUAAGUCAACGACCCCAGCCAGCCCAGGAAGCUCUGAAAUGAAGCCGCAGUCCACCACGCCGACGUCGCAAGCUCUUACCAAGCCUCCCUAUUCCUACGUAGCUCUCAUCACGAUGGCAAUCCAAAACAGCCAAACGAAGCGUGCAACACUGAGUGAAAUAUACGCUUACAUCACCAAGGAAUUUCCAUUUUUUGAAAAGAAUAAGAAAGGGUGGCAAAAUUCGAUUCGGCAUAAUUUAAGUUUAAAUGAAUGUUUUAUUAAAGUUCCGAGAGAAGGUGGUGGUGAGCGUAAGGGAAAUUAUUGGACUCUUGAUCCUCAAUGCGGAGAGAUGUUCGAAAAUGGAAACUUCAGACGCCGACGACGGAUGAAGAGGCCGUUUCGAGCUACACCUUACUCCAAAACACUGUACGGAGACAGCUACCACGUGGCACACGUUGGUCAACAUGUGCCACCCCACAUGCAGCCUCUUCCACUUGGGGCUAGGAAUUACUUUGGGUCCGGGUCACCAUACCAUCCGCCUUCGUACCCGAGAUACGACACUACAUGGUUGACGCAGUCGCCGAGCGGGCUAGGGUACGCGGGCGCGUGCGGAAGUAUGGGACGUAGUCCACCCGGGUGUUCGCCACACAGCGCGUUACCUCACCAGUCGUCGCCCGUCGCCGUCAAUCCCUUCGCAACACAUCAAAUUCAAGGACAGCUCCAGAGUCCUUUGCAGCCCAUGCAGUCGAUGUCAAUGAAUUCUUAUAAUACUAUUGGAGUCAGUGCCAUAGAUGGUUCCCCGAGCCCAGGACCAGGAUAUGCCCCAUCUGCUGGUGGCUUUUCACCCAACAGACAUCAUGACAUAGUCACGUCAUCAGACGCUGCCGUUACUCGAUUUUUUUGGCCUGAAGAUCUUCGUAUGACAGCCGGGUCGGACGGCUUUAUGAGCUCGCCGAGCCACGGGAUGAAACAUCGCCAACUUCCAGAAUCUAUUCCCGGUGGAUCCCCCAGUCCCAACCCAAGCUAUGUGCCGUCUAGCAGUUUUUCGCCAACGCGUCGGCAUGAAGCAGUCACGUCAUCCGAUGCAACGAGCGCUCGUUUGUCUUUUUGGCCCGAUGUUGGCGUUAAAGAAGAAGCAUCUUCAAGUCUCGUUUCUAAUGCCGCACCUUAUUCAAAAUGUUUUAUGUAAAGUUGCUAAAGUGAAGGGGAACACAAGACUAGAAUAUUCUAAGCACCAUGCGUGAAUUAUUAUGGAAUGAAUGACUGUAAUAUAAAGCUCGUGUAGUGAUCAAUGUAUAAAAUUAAAUAAUGUAAACGUGCAUUUUAAUUUGUCAGUCAUAAUUAUGUGAUGCAGUUAAAACGAAUAUUUUAGAAGAGUAUGUGCAUAAAGUGCACACGAAUAUUUGGAAAUUUUCAGAUUACAUACCUCUGAAAUAUUCGUGGCAAAACAUGACAUAGAUAGUUAUUGAUUUGAAAUGAUAUUACAUGUAGUGUACAAUUUAUUAUGUGAAAAUAUAUUAAUUAAUAGGUGUUGUUCAAAAUCUUGUUGCUAUCUUAGAAAUAAAUAAUAGAUUUGUAAGAAAAUUAUAAGUUUCUCGUGAAAGCAAAUCCCCGAUCAUCUAGCUGGCAUUGGCAUAAAAUAAAAGUCGUCCUUAUAUUGUUCAUAGUAUUUAUAAAAAAAAUUGGUUACACUCUUAACAAUUUUUAUUAUUUAAAUUUUAAAACCCUACAAUUCUUACGAGUCUUGAAAUAUCAACAAAGUUUUGGUAAUUACUGUUACGCAAUUUAUAAAAAAUUAGUUCUUAUAAUAUCAUCAGAGGUAUCUUAUUUAAUAGCAGCUAAUGGACAAUAUAAAUGAUUGCGAGCUAAACGUACAUAUUUAUUUGAUUAAAAUAUAAGUUUAUUAUUUACCAAAUAAAUACAUCGAUGACAAAUCCACAAAUAUGUAUAGACUAAUAACGUUGAUAUCUGUUGAGAGGCACUCGAUUGGGUUAAUCAAAUUUGUGAUAAAAUGCGUGACUUGUCCAUAUAGAUCAAAAAUAAAGCUUCAUUAGGUAUAUCGGGUAGCUACUAUGUUAUUAAGCAAUAAAAUCUUAUAUGACUGUUGUUUCGUUUUUAUAAACAAUUGAGACGAGAUUUCCAUGACAUGUUAUUAUCACGAAAUGUACAGUUACAAAACGUAUACAAAAUAAACGGUUAAUAGAUAGUUACAUAAGUGUACUUAAUAUUUGCCAACAAUACAACGUGUUGACACAAAGUACUAAUUAGCUCAUAAAAUUAUUUAAGUAGGCAACUAUCUAACCUACAUAUGGCAUCCCUUAAAACUAAAAUAUUCGAAAUCUUAAUUGAUAUUAUGAAUAAAUUGUGAUAUUUUCUAAAAUCUAAAUUACGAGUAGAGUUAAAAAUAUAUAAUACAUAAAUGUAAAUCGAGUAAAACAUAUCAUAUUUAAAUUAAUCUUAGAACACAAAAAUGUUCGUGCUUAUAUAUUAAUAUUUGAUAUCUGUAAAGCCACUUUCCAUUGACACUCGUUUCUAGAUUGUUCCACAGUAACCAUUUUUUACACAGUGAUAAUAAUAUAAAUGAAAUUUAUUGUAUAUGUUACAAGAAAUGCAAUUUUAGGUUAAUCCUCUGGAUUUGGGUUUCACUAUCAAAAUGUAUAACAAUAUAAACCCCACUGGCGGUAUCAAAAAUAAUCACAUUUUAUAAUUUUGGACAUUUCACCUCAUUAUGGUUAUAACUAUUCCUUAGAAACUCAUGAACAUUCUCUACCGAUAAAUACUUAAAAAUAGAUUUGUUUUAUUUAGAACUGUCUUUGUGGAUUCGUUUCAAACGAAGAGAUUUGCUACGUGGCUCCGGAACCCGAUUCAGCAAGCCAGAUGACCUCUCAACACUUAGCGAGUGGCCACGUUCUCGCACUGGUAUAGGAUGAUUCAGCAGAUUCAUGGAGGUGUUGUAAGCCGAUAUCAUCGGUAACUCACUGUAACCACCAAUAUCACUCCUCAAAUCGGACGCUGCCAACGAUGUCAAGUCGUCAGAAUCAGUAUCUUCGUCUUCCGUAUCCAUAAACCUGAAAACAAAAAUCUCUCUUUCAGAAAAUAA